AUGGGUUCCUCUCGGGCACCCGGGAUGGGGCGUGUGGGAGGGCAUGGGCUGAUGGCAUUGCUGAUGGCGGGUCUCAUUCUGCCAGGAACCUUGGCUAAGAGCAUUGGGACCCUCUCGGACCCCUGUAAGGACCCCACGAGGAUCACCUCCCCGAAUGACCCUUGUCUCAUUGGAAAGACUGGCUCCAACAGCAUCAGCAGCCAAGGUGGAUCCAGCAGUUUCAGCAGCCAUGGUGGAUCCAGCAGCUCCCAGGGAGGUUCUUCAGGAUCUUUGAUAUAUAAACCAGGAACAGGGUAUUCCCAGAGUGGCUACUCUUUUGGCUCUGGUGGCUCCCAGUCAGGAAGCAGUGGCUCUCAGACAGGAAGUGGCGGCUCUCAGUCAGGAAGCAGUGGUUCUCAGACAGGAAGUGGCGGCUCUCAGUCAGGAAGCGGUGGUUCUCAGUCAGGAAGCAGUGGCUCGCAGACAGGAAGUGGUGGCUCUCAGACAGGAAGCAGCGGCUCUCAAUCAGGAAGAUGGGUAAGCAGCGGUUCUCAGUCAGGAAGCAGCGGCUCUCAGUCAGGAAGAUGGGUAAGCAGCAGUUCUCAAUGGGUAAGCAGCAGUUCUCAGUCCGGAAGUUCAGGAAGCAGCCGGGAAGGACCAGGAAAUGGCUCUGCUCUACCAGUCGAUGACAAUUCUUCCCGCCUGACAUCAGGCACUGCCCAGUCUGGAGGCUCGUACACUUCCCAGAGCAGCAGCAGCUCCAACCUGCGGCCCUGUAGCUCCAACGUGCCCGACUCUCCCUGCAGCGGGGGGCCUGUCAUCACACACUCAGGGCCCUACAUCUCCGGCUCCCACACCGUAUCAGGUGGCCAGAGACCUGUAGUGGUGGUGGUGGAGCAACAUGGCUCUGGUGGCCCUGGAGGGUUUCAAGGCAUGCCCUGUACCAAUGGCGGCCCCUCAGGCAAGCCCUGCCCUCCCAUCACAUCUGUCCAGAAACCCUAUGGCGGCUAUGAGGUAGUGGGUGGCUCUGCCAACAGUUACCUGGUCCCAGGCAUGACCUACAGUGGGGGGAAAAUCUACCCCGUGGGCUACUUUACCAAGGACAACCCUAUCAGGGGCUCGCCAGGAGCCCCCUCCUUUGCAGCUGGGCCCCCAGUCUCUGAGGGCAAGUACUUCUCUAGCAAUCCCAUCAUCCCCAGCCACAGCUCUUCCAGUUCCAAUGGCUACCCAUCGGGCAUUGUGUUCCAGCCCGUGGGCUCUGGCGGGGUUCAGCCCUGUGGCACUGGCUCUAGCAGCUCUAAGGGGCCUUGCUCUGGCACGAGAAUUCAGAUCACCUCCAGCAGCUCCAGUACCUCCUACCACCCCUGCAGCGGCGGGGCUUCCCAGGGGCCCUGCUCCUCGCCAGGCACUGGCUCCAUCAGUGGAGGAAGCUCCUCCCUCUCCACUGGCAAAAUCAUCCUUCAGCCCUGCGGCAGCAAAUCGAGCUCUUCCGGUUACCCCUGCCUUUCUGUUUCCUCCUCCACGUUGAAUGGGGGUCUGAAUGGCUCCCCUCAGCCUGUCCCCUCCCCGGGUGUCAAGCUCUGCGGCCUCAACAGCCCUGGAAGAGUGCCCUGCCGUUCCAUCCGCAACAUUCUGACCCAAGUGAAGCCUUUGGGGCCCCAGUUAAUGGAUCCCGAAGUUUCCCUGCCACAGGGAGAGCCACUUGAGAAGUCUUAA